ACGUUAUUGUCUAAUAUAUAUUUGUUCUCAACCGGUAGAAUACUAUGGCAUUUCUUGUUGAAGAUUGCUAAUGUUUUCCCCCCUCUUUGUUGUGACUUUUUAUGGCAACUCGAUACUGGUCAUCUGGCAUACUCCGUCGAAGAAAACUACACAAGCUGGCGGGACUAUCUUGGUGAUGUUGGGUUUUGGUUUUUAUUUUUUCCCGUCAGUGUCGUGUCUUUGCUCCUCGGAGCUUCUUCAGAGCUGCCCAAGUAGUGGCUUUACAGGCUCUUUCAUCGUAGUCUGGUUGCAAACAGACUAACGCAAUGGAUUUGAGUCUAUAUUGUAAUUGUGUCGAGUCUUUGUCCCAUGCCCUUUGGGCUUGCCUUGAAAAAAAAAAAACAUAAUGAUUAAAUCGUAUUUAGUAGGUAGCAAUUUACCAUGAUGGUAUACUUACAAAGUUCAUUAUUUAGCUUAGAUUAGAGUUUAAUGCUUGACAUUAUCACAUAAGACUUCAAUUACAAAAUAAGGAAAGAAAGGAGUUACCCACCCCAUAACCUUCGCCGAGAUUAGGUUUCUGCCAUUAAAAUGGGAAAUUGGAAACGGAAAAUAAUUGGUUUGCUGGACGAGACAACUCACCAGCUGUUGCGGCUCUCUCAAGUGACACUCCCACGAACCCACCAGCCAAAGAAAACACGGUAGGAAGGAAGAAAGAGAAGGGAAGCACAAAUGGAAGGGGGAAAAAUGGCAACUUUAGAGGGAGAAAGGGAGUCUUCUUGCUUUUAGUGAGAGAAAUUGAGGGCGAGGCAGAGAGAGAGACAGGAACGGGUUCAUUUUGAGAGAGAUAGAAGGGGACAGUGUGUGAGAGUGUGUGUGAGAUAUUGCACAGGGGGAGAGAGAGAGAGAGAGAAAGUAGUGCUGAUUGGUAGUAACCAAGUCUUGUCCUUUUGAUUCACCAUACCCAUGUUAUUGUUAUUGGUGUUGUUGCUGUUGUCCCCUAAUCUUCCUCAGAUUUCUUCCUUUGCUCACUCUUCACUCUAUUCGUCUUCUUCGGCUUCUGCUUCUGCUUCUUGAGGUAUGUACUUAAUUCUUGUUAUCUUUUUACUCUUCUUCUUUCUGACUGUUCCCAAACUCUGUAUUCAUGGCGGUCCUCUAUUAUUUGGGUCCGAACUGUACUUCUCUGCUUAGAUCUCUCCCAUUUAGUGGGUUUGUACCUUAAAUGGCGACCUGGGUUCGUCUCGUUUUCUGGAUUUCUGCUCUGAAGUUCCAUCUCUUGGCCCAAAAUCCUGUACUCGGGUCGUGUGAAAUCUCAAACUAAUGGUUAAAGAUUUGGAUGCUCUUUUGGGAGUUCUAAGUGCGCUGGAUCAUUUUUCUUGUUUCUAAUUCAUCUGGUACGCUCGAACUUCCACUAUUGGAUGAGAUCUUGGGAAUUCUAGCUCCUAAUUUCCUCUAGAUCUUGUUUAGUUGUGCAUAAUGUUGAUAUGGGUUUCACUUUUCUCAGAUGGGAAAAGUUCAAUUUGAAUCUAUGGGUAAUGGGUAUGUAUAAAUACUGCUAUUCCAGCUGAUUCUUACUUGGGAUGGAACGUCGCCCUUGUCAGUUUAUCUGCUCCUAGGUUUUGAUGAACUGCUUGCCUCCCUGAGCUCUGAGUAAAAUGCUAGAAUGCUGUGAUUUUAGAAGAACACUCAAGCUAAUGGUGUUUACUGUUUUGAUAUUGGAGCUCGGUUAGCUAACUCAAUGGAUCUUGAUUGUGUAUAUUGAUUUGUUGAAGCCUGGAUAGUCAAAUGUUCAGUUCUCAUGUUUGGGCUCUUGAAUUGGAAUCUUAGGACUAGGGAAUCUGGACGAAAUGUGUGUUUGACUUCCUUGCUGAAGUGAAUUCUGGGUGUUUCAAGGCAGUAGACUAUGCAACCACUUUUACGAGGAAACCACUGAAUCUUAUGUGACUAUGUCCUGUUUCACCUUAUUUUUAGAGUUACCAUCCUUUGUUUUGCUUGCCUUCUGAAUGAAGGAGUGAAUAUUUGGAGGAGUUCCUAAUUAUCUGCAUUUGGGGUACUGAUGAACCUUUUCAAUCUCUCAAGUAUGUCAUGGAAAGCGGGCCAAUUUAACACACUGUUCUAGGUUCUUAUUUCUUGAAAAUAGGAGCAUGAGGGUUGAUUUAGUAACUGUUGUUUUUGUGUCAAACUUAGCUGGUGUUUGAGCUCAACAUGACCUGGCUAACCGUCAUUGGUAAUAAUGAGUUGUCUUACUAUUUAUUUGUCUCCUGUGGUAUUUUUGUUUCCUUUUUCAAGCAUUAUGUUCCCACUGGUCUUGAUAUUGUGCUGAACACAACAUCUUGUGUUUUUCUUUUCUUUGCUUCGAAUGCGAGUUGUUUUUAGCAUAGGUUUUGCUGCUCAUAUGAUCUCAGACAUGCCAUGGUAUUUAAAGAUCACUGCAUAGUGAUUUCUGCUGACAAUGUUGACUCUCAAGUCUCAAUGGUUCUUGUUCCUCACUGUAUUUAAAGCUUUUGCAACCAUUGUUAUAUUAGUUUGUUUCUUAGCUGAUUUUGAGGGAGCUUCUGUCUCUUACGUGCAUCUUGUUGUCUGACUUCGCUUAUAUAUUAUUCUUAUGCUAUAAAGUCCCUUCAGAAUGUUAUAGUGGCUAUCCCGGCUAUGUAACUAUUUUACCUCCAAUUAGUAUCCAUGAGAUACUUAAUGCUUUGAAGUGAAACCAUAUAUCUUCUACUAUUGUACUGUGGGUAUAGGAGAACUUGUUAACAUUAUAUUGUUUUUUUUCCUUCUGUUGUAGGAGUUCUUUGAUCAUUGCAUCAAAGGAGGUAGCUGUAUUACUUCUGGGUGGUGUGUAUUAGGAAAGCUAGAUAGAUGGGUUCCCGUUUCCCAUCUCAUCAGCUCAGCAAUGGGCUCUAUGUAUCAGGCCGGCCUGAGCAGCCAAAGGAAAGAGGUCCAACAAUGAGUUCUGUGGCAAUGCCAUAUACCGGGGGUGAUAUCAAGAAGUCUGGAGAAUUGGGGAAGAUGUUUGAUAUCCCUGUGGAUGGCUCAAAGUCUAGGAAGUCUGGACCUAUUACUGGUGCACCUUCAAGGACGGGAUCGUUUGGGGGUGCUGCUUCACAUUCUGGACCAAUAAUGCCCAAUGCAGCUGCUCGGGCUGCAUACACUACGUCAGGUGCUGCGUCGUCGGGUGCCAUGUCUGGCUCAGCUUCUCUAAAGAAAUCAAAUUCUGGACCCCUUAACAAACACGGCGAACCAUUAAAGAAGUCAUCUGGUCCUCAAUCUGGUGGAGUGACACCCUCCGGUCGACAAAACUCAGGCCCUAUUCCUCCUGUUCUUCCUGCAACUGGCCUAAUCACAUCUGGGCCUAUUUCUUCAGGACCACUAAAUUCCUCUGGGGCUCCUCGUAAGGUAUCUGGUCCUCUGGAAUCUAUGGGAUCGAUCAAGAACCCAAGUUCUGGUGUUCACAAUCAGGCUGUCACUAUUCUCAGCCAAGAUGACGAGUUUUCCUUCAAAAAGAACUUUCCAAAACCAAUAUUUUGGUCCCUGAUUCUACUCUUUGUAAUGGGCUUCAUUGCUGGUGGGUUUAUCCUUGGAGCAGUCCAUAAUCCCAUACUUCUUAUAGUUGUUGUGGUUCUUUUUGGUGCUGUCGCUGCAUUGUUCAUAUGGAAUAACUGUUUUGGGAGGAAAGCUAUCAUGGGCUACAUUGCCCAGUAUCCAGAUGCUGAGUUACGAAAUGCCAAAAAUGGGCAAUUUGUGAAGAUCUCUGGGGUGGUUACCUGUGGCAAUGUUCCUCUGGAGUCCUCGUUCCAAAAGGUUCCUAGAUGUGUUUAUACAUCCACCAGUUUGUACGAGUAUCGAGGAUGGGAUUCGAAAGCUGCCAAUGCUAAACAUCGCCGUUUCACUUGGGGGCUCAGAUCUCUAGAAAGUCGUGCGGUUGACUUCUACAUAUCUGACUUCCAGUCGGGAUUGAGAGCGUUGGUUAAAACAGGGUUUGGAGCAAGAGUGACGCCUUAUGUAGAUGACUCUUUUGUCAUGGACAUCAAUGCGGGUUCUGAGGAAAUGUCUCGGGAUUUCUCGAGAUGGUUGGCUGAGAGGAAUCUAUCGAGCGAUGAUCGGAUGAUGCGGUUAAAAGAAGGAUACAUCAAAGAAGGAAGCACAGUGAGCGUAAUGGGAGUUGUUCAAAGGAAUGACAAUGUGCUUAUGAUCCUACCACCUCCUGAACCCUUCACGACGGGCUGUCAGUGGGGAAAGUGCAUCUGUCCUGCAAGUCUGGAGGGCAUUGUGUUGAGAUGUGAAGACACCUCCAGGAAUGAUGUCAUACCUGUGUAAUAACUGUUGGUUGGUAGACAGACUCUAUGGCAGCCCUUUUCUUCUCCUUUCCUUUUUUCCUGCAUAUUUCUUCCAUUAAUAUUGGUGGUGGUGAUGCGGCAGCAGCAAGGCAGGCAGGCAGGCAGGCAACAGAACAUACAGCAUUGCUGGUGGUGAUGGUGCUGCUGGUAUUAUGAGUGGUGAUGUUGAUGAUUGUAAUGAUUAUUAGGUGGUGGUGUUUCUCUUUUUGUAAUUUUUUUGUUUUGUUUUUAUCCGUGGGAAGUUUUACUCGUGUAUAGUUUGGUGUUGGCCUCUCUUUUUUGUUUAAUCUGGUUUCCAUUUUUUCAUUUUUCAACUAGGGAUUGAAGAAGUCUUUUGGCUAUGUGGGGUGGAUGUUAAUGAUUAUAUUGUAGGAAGGGACAAGUUUUUACCAAUGUUUGAGCAGAUUUGCCCGGUUAUGUUAAAUAGAAAGAAGGAAAAAGAAAAGACCAUCUGUGAG